AUGACGUCGACCCAUCAUAGAUUCAAGCACAAUAAGGAACUAGUAGGGCCAGGCACAAUAAAAUUCGGCCGUCACGUUGUAGACAGCGAUCUGUUAGAAACGACAAAUGUGGAUAGAAAAUGGCACGCGAAAGAGCUGAAUAUGCUAGAGCUAUGCGAAGGAAAACUCGGAAAUUCGAGAUACGAAUCAUCGACAGAUCAGGAAAGAAAAAAGAAAGACAGUAUACCGUCGGACAAAAAAUCACAAAUCGCGCAGAUGAGAAUCGAAUAUCACACGAAAAUAUUUGCCUCGAUGUGUCCGGAUGAAAUUUUGGAUUAUUACGACGAUUAUAAAACUCGAAUGUAUUACACGACUUUGAUGCUUGGCGAUGUGUCGGGUUUCACAGACCUCGCCGAGAAAUAUACGAAAAUUGGGAAAGGCGGGCCAUCGAAAUUGUCGGAGACAUUGAACUCUUAUAUCGGUGCUAUGGUGCAAGAAAUACUUUAUCACGAGGGUGACGUGUUGAAAUUUUCCGGGGACGCGUUCAUAGUGAUGUGGAAGCUUCACAAGGGGAUGAUGAUGCGAGAUUUGGCCGUGACAGCGAUGCAAACUGCCUGCAUCAUUCAGAAACACUUUGGAACUUACGAAACUGAAAUUGGAGUGACUCUUAAAGUAAAAUUGGCAAUUGCUUCUGGGAAAACAUAUUUCACGUCUAUCGGAGAUCCAGAGACCAUGUCUCACUACAUUAUCACCGGAAAACCGGUGUGGGAUGUGAAAUUUGCUGAAGGCCUUUGUCGAGGAGGCGAUAUCAUAGUAGCUCCCAGUAGCUGGCAAUGGGUGAAUCCGCACGAAUACAUCCACGAAACACUUCCCGAUGGUAUACACACCCUUAUUAUAACUUGCACAGCCAUGUGGUAUCAAGUGGUACCAAGGGAGGAUGAAAUAACCGAGGAAGGCAACGAUACGAGCACGAAAAGUUCGAGGAGGUCGAUUACAGCUGUAAGAAAAUCAUCCUUAUCCUGUCGUCGAGAUAAAAGAAAUUCUAAACGCUUAGGGAAACGCGUUUUUUUUUUAGUACGGCCUAAAGUUAUAAAAGCGGCAGAAAGCCAUCUGAAAGGAGCUUUGAAAAGUUACAUGUUGAGACCUGUCAUUCGUUCCGUGGAAAUGGACGAGCCAUUGGAAUAUCUAACCGAAAUGAGGCAAGUGGUGAUUCUGUUCAUCAAUGUGAUCACCAUCGAUGCGUACAAACAAGAGUUAGUUAGUUUAGUGAAUAUCGUUUAUAAAUUUGUGUGCCAGAUCGUAAGUGAAAUGCACGGAUGCGUGAACAAGACUUCCCUCUUCGACAAAGAUUUGAUGUUCCUCUGCGUGUUCGGUUUAAGAGGCGAUAAGCACGAAUUAGAGUCGCAGAUCGGUUUGAAAUGCGCGUAUAAAUUAAGAUUGACGCUCAUAGAGAUGAAAAAUAUUAAAUCUGUGACCAUAGCUGUGACCACAGGGAUGACGUAUUGUGGUGUAGUUGGGCAUAUUUUGCGAAGGGAGUAUACAGUGAUUGGAACGUCGGUGAACAAAGCCGCGAGGCUUAUGGUAGCUUAUAAGGACAAGGUGAUUUGUGAUCGAGAAAGUUUCCUUCAUUCCCAUCUCGAGGCUAGUCAUUUCAUCUUACAAGAGCCAAAAUACUUGAAGGGAAUUUCGCAUAUUGGACCGAUAUACGAGUUCGAAGAGCAUCCAAAGUUCGUCUCGUCGUACGUAAUUUGGAAUUCAUAUCCUUUACUCGAUCGAAUCAAUGAAGUUAAAAUAUUUAAAUCGAUGUUAACAAAAAUGAUAGAGUAUAACGUUAUAGAUAAAGAAGAGCGUGGUCCACGACCGGAAUACAAUACGCUUAUUAUAAAGCAUGAUACGUUCCCAUUCCAAUCCAUGUGGAUUCAAAGGGGUGAACCACGAAUAGGAAAGACAAGAUUGCUAGAUGAAUUCACACGGAACAUAUCACCGAACAUACGUUACAAUUAUAUUAACUUGCAUCCAGAAGAUAGCCAGGUUCACACUUCAUUCAAUUAUUAUUAUAAAAUUUCACAAUUCGAUAUUAUAUUCGAUAAUGUUUCCAAAUGGUUGACAUUACAAUCAAACGUGAUUUGUUUCUCAGUGCAGAUCCCGUACACGAUGAUGAAUUUAAUAUUUUCAAAAGCUCUUGAUUUCACCGCAAUGUCCACGCAAAAGGAACGCGAGGAUAAAUUACUUUUGCGCCUUGGAAAGGUGAAAUACCCGUAUUUCCUGUGCGUUUUCAACGAACCUUUCAACGUACAAUUCCCAAUCACUACUGAUUACAACGAUUUAAACGAGACACAGAAACGAAAGCUUUUAAGAAAGUUCUUAUUAAAAUUAAUAAAAGGUAGUUUCAGAGAGUUGUGGGUGAAUAUCAUAGACGAUGCGGAAUAUAGCGAUCCAAAUUCCUUAGAGGUAUUUGACGUUUUCACGAAAAAAGAUAUAAUCUUCUUCGUGAUUAGCAUUGGGCGGAAAGUAGGAACGGAUUUCCCAAUAUUCUUCAAUAUUCUUAGGAAAACACUAGUAACACUCGUUCAAUUAUUCUUUUAUAAAUGUAAAUCGUAUAUACCAAUGAUAAGAUAGAAUCUUUGUUAAAAGGUAAUAGAAUUGCUUGGAAUAGACAAAUGGUAUCACGCUGCGUUAGCGUGUCAGAUGCUUAACGUGAAUGGUCUACCAGCGGAGCUUGAAAAAAUAAUACAGGAAAAAAGUCUCGGUAAUCCUGGCUGGAUCGAAAGUUAUCUAUUGAGUCUUCUCCAAGUUGGAGACAUAGAAAUACUGUAUAUAACGAGAAGGGAAGCGAAUAAUAAAGGUUACGUGUUGCCUCCUUCGUAUAUGUUAAAAAGACUUGUUUCGCACAUAGAUGAAAUUAACGAUGUUCGGGACGAUAGAUGGCAGAUGUACAUGGCGAGUUAUAAGGAAAGCAAGCCUUUGAUAACAAGGCCAGAAAAUAUGCAUAGACAUUUGAGUAUCGAUCCCGAAGAGACUAAGAUCGCCGUUUGCAACAUUUCAAAACACUUCGUGUACGAGGAAGAAAAUUCUGACAUUACGAUGGAUGUUAUGAUAUUGAAGCUUUUCGAUUCAUUGACACCUCUUGAUCAACUUAUUUUGAAAUGUGCUUCCGUGAUCGGGGAAACUGUAAAUAGGCACAUGUUAGAAAGUUUAAUGGCCAUCACUUCUAAAAGAGACAUCGGUCUUGCUCUUACGAAACUCUUCGAAAUACAAAUAUUUGGCUGCGCAAUCGGGGAUUUUACCAAAACUAAAGGCCCUAUAAUAUUUAUCAGAAAUAUACGAAACAAUGAUUCGGAUGUCUUUUGCAAGUGUAUUGGCAUUACUAUUCCAGAUGAAUUGAAAGAUUUGCCAAAAUAUGCUUCUUGUGGAUUGAUAAGAUUCAAAAUGACGAUGUUCCGUGAAACUACUUAUCGAUUACUGACAGAAAAUCAGAAAAUAGAGUUGCACAAUCAAGCAUUGAAAUAUUUGCAAUAUCAUACAAGGCGUUGUAUUUCUUGCGGAGAAGGUCGAUUCGUAAAAUUAUUAGGGGAGGUAAGGAAAAUAGAUCAAAGAAAGAAAACGAUAAUACAAUUAAAUGAGAUAUUCGAAGAAGAAAUUUACGAAGAGGAAGAUAUUGAAGAUGAGAAGAAAAAAGGGAAGAUAUUUCUUACUUGUAUGAAUAUAUUUCGAACUAUCGAAAAAAAACCAACGCUCACAUUUUCGGAUUUGGAUUUUUCCAAUUGCCUGUGCGAUCUGAUAUUGAUGACUACGUAUACUCAAAUGCUUGAACAUUGUCGCGGUAUUGGAAAACUGGAUGUAAUACUAACUGCUCUUUUAGAGUUUGCAGAAAUUUGUAUAAUUUCUUUUAACAUACCGCAAGCUAGAAAGCUUUUAAAAGAAAGCGAAAAUGUCCUCGAAAAGCUACUUGAAUUGGACGAAAACGAAAUAGUUAUUUCCCCCUUUUCUGCUGCAAAAAUACAAAUUCUUCAAGGCCAAUGUCUUCUUGAAACCGGCUCCAUUUUCGAAGCUGAAGAAUUAUUCGAAAAGGCAAUGUUAAAUUUAGGAUAUAAAUUUCCAAAACUUGAAAUGAUGAUCGAUUUAAACUCGAAGAUGCAGUUAUUGAAUCUGAAAUUAAAAUUCAUUUUUAUGAAAGAUAUUAAAUAUUUCGAAGAGGACUAUCAGGAUUAUACUAAACAAUUGGCAACAUGUUUGAUACAAAUGUUUAAACUCUACAGAAUUAAAGGAAUGAGGAAGCACGCUCGUUUAGCAGCAAUUUGGAGUUUGAACGCAGCUUUGGAUCUAUCCAGUAAGGAUGCAUCUACACUCUGUAUAUCGCUCAGCAAUAUGUUAAUCACUGCACAUAUGUAUCAAGAUAGAUAUAUCAUACCUUAUUUAGAAGAGAAGGGUAUUCUUAUUUCUAGCGAGAAGACAAGAGCACUCGAAGCUCAAGAGCUGAAAGUGAUCGCCCAGCUUUAUGCGGCGAUAUUUUUUUCUCGAUGGUUAAGAGGAGACUUUCCGAAAGCCAUUAACAUUGGUUUCAUUACUAAUAGAAUAGCAACUACGAUUGGAUCCACAUCUUUGAAAAUAUUGAUUCUACCACGAUUAAUUCAUUUGUUAUUACUGUCUUGCCGACUCUCGGAAGUAAUCACUCAAUUAAGAGAAUUAGAAUUUGUGUCCCAAAAUCAUUUUGAUAAAUCUGGACGUACUUGGUACUAUGCACUUUGCGCUGACAUUUAUUUAGAUACUGGAAUGUCAAUUGUAUCUUUCCAAGUUUGCGAACAAUAUUUUCUUCAUGAGGGGGAACGAAUGAUAAGUUUAUACAAUCCAGAAGCAGAAAAUCGAUAUUUCAUAUGCAUGUGGCUAUGGUGCAUUAGAACUGAACAAUGGGAUGCUGCAAAAGUAUGGAGGAAUAGAAUUAUAGAAACCCCCAUUAUGGAUGAACAUAUAGUAGCAGCAACAAUAACUUUUUUAAAAAAACUCGAAGGACUAUUAAUUCUUUAUGUGCAUAAAUUAAACACCAGAAAUAUAGCUGCAACUAUUACUAUAAGAGAAAUAAAAAAUAUGUUUAAAUAUGGAAAAAAAAUGACCAAGAUUGUUAUAAUUACAAUUCCCAGAUAUAUGUUAUUAAAAGCAUAUUAUUGGAUGAUAAAAUCACAAAAAAGUAGAGCAAUAAAGAUGUUAAAGAAAGUAAAAAAACUAUCCGAAAAAAUGGAAAAUAAAUUGAUUCUCAUAUGGGCACAACAUUGUGAAAAGGUUUGGUUAAGCGGAAUUUCUCCUCUACAUACAGAAAUGUGGAAAGAAAUCUCGAAAGUAGAUAAAUGGGAUGAAAUCAAUGCAAAUAAUUCACAUAUAGUAGUCUUUACUUUUCCUCUGCCAAACUAUCUUUUUUUGUAAUUUUUUAUUAUAAUUAUAAUUCUAAUUAAAAUAGUUAUAAUAAUAAAAUAUAUACAACAACGAAAUUAUU